AUGACGACCGGAGACGUGAAGCUUAUCGGCUCAUGGGCGAGUGUGUACGUCAUGAGGGCGAGGAUCGCUCUCAACCUCAAAUCUAUUAGCUACGAAUUCCUCCAGGAGACGUACGGUUCUAAGAGCGAAUUACUCCUCAAAUCUAAUCCGGUUUACAAGAAAAUGCCGGUUCUGCUUCACGCUGACAAACCGGUUUGCGAGUCCAACAUCAUCGUUCAGUACAUCGACGAGGCUUGGAGCUCAUCUGAACCGUCCAUUCUCCCUUCCAACCCCUACGAUCGGGCCAUCGCUCGGUUCUGGGCAGCCUACGUGGACGAUAAGUGGUUUACCUCUGUUAGAAGUAUCCUAACAGCUAAAGGAGAAGAAGAGAUGAAAGAAGCAAUAGCUCAAGUGGAAGAAAAGACAGAGAUUAUAGAGAAAGCAUUCGUUGAUUGCAGCAAAGGAUCAAAACCGUUCUUCAACGGUGACCAUAUCGGUUUUCUUGACAUUGCCCUCGGGAGCUUCUUGGGUUGGUUAAGAGUCACCGAGAUGGACGCGAAUCAUAAGUUUCUUGAUGAGACCAAGACUCCUUCUCUGUUCAAAUGGGCAGAGCGGUUCUGUAAUGACCCCGCUGUGAAACCUCUCAUGCCUGACACAACAAAGCUCGCUGAAUUCGCAAGAAAGCUCUUUCCCAAACCUUAG